AUGGGGUUUGUGUAUGGAGACAUGAUGAAGGCUAAGGAGGAAAUCAAAGAGGCCUUUCAGGAUGAAGAGAAGAAAUAUCUUCUUAUAGAGAAGAUUAUUGAUAAGAGAUUUGAUGUCAAGCUUAAAGAACCACUCCAUAAAGCAGGAUAUUAUUUAAAUCCUUAUUUCUACUAUCCAAAUCUUAUGGAGAUUGAAAGAGAUGGAAGUUUCUUGAGUUGCCUUGUUGAUUGUAUGAAUAAAUUCUAUCCAGAUGAUGGUGACAUGCUUGGCAAGAUUGGAGACCAACUCUCUGAUUAUCAGCAUCAAAGAGGAUCAUUCGGGAGAGAACUUGCAAAGAGAGAAGCAAAAAAGCCUAAUAAUAAUCCGGUUAUAUGGUGGAAACUUUUUGGCAUUGACGCUUCCGAGUUGAGGAUGAUGGCAAUGAGAAUUUUGAGCUUAACAAGUAGCUCUUCAGCAUGUGAAAGGAAUUGGAGCACCUUCGAGAUGAUUCAUACAAAAAAGAGAAAUAGACUAACACAUCGGAAAUUGCAUGAUUUGGUCUACGUCAAGUUCAAUUCAAGGUUGAAGAAUAAGCAUUCCAACAAGGGUAGAGAUCCUUUAAUUGCCUUUGAUGAUGAAGAAAGGUCCUCCGAGUGGUUGAUGACUACAAAGAAGAGAGGAGGUCAUCAUGAUGAGAGCGAUGAUGAAGUGUUUGCGGGGGAAUCCCUUACUUGGAGACAAUAUGGAGAUCUCAUUGGAGCUAAUCCUAAAAAGAGAAAGAGUGUUAGAACAAAACAAUAUAAAAGAAAGAAAAAGUUGGGAGAAUCUUCAUCAAAGGGAAAGGAGCCUUUGGAAGAUGAGGAGGAAGACAUGGAAUCUUCGGAGUAUGAUUCAGAUGAGGGAAUGGAUAAUAUUCCAACAUUUAGCUCCGAUGAAGAUUAA